ACACACACACACACACACAAGUACAGGCGCGCGCAGGGUGGGUCCUGUCCUCCUUUCCUCCCUCCCUCACUCCCUCCCUCGCGAAGAGCCCCGACGUAAAACGCGAGACGUAAUUAAUGACUCGGCCUGUGGGUCGCUUUUUGAGAGGCGGCUCCGUCUCGUGCGCCGUGAGUUGCCGUUGCCGCGCGCUGACGCCGGGCAGGAUGGAGCGUGAGCUUUCAGUCACCUGUCAAAACCACUUUGGGACGAAUUGGGAUUUGCGCGAGAGAUGCCUUUUUUGACACGUGCGUGCAACUCUGAGCUUAAAUAAUAAUAAAACAACUACAACACUCUCCGAGCCGAGGAGCGAAUAUUUACAGGCAACUUUUAGGUCGGAGAAGUAACCUAGUGUCGCGCGCGCUGCGAGCAGAGGAGCUGCAUUCGAUAUUAGGAAAUUAGGUGAUCAGUUUUAGCUCGCGCACGGAGGUCUCUGUUAAGUCGCGCAGAAGGUGCGUUAUUAUUUUUUAUUUCUUUUCCUGCUUGUCGUCUCCUUCUGUUUAACCCGUGCACACCGGAGCAUUCUCCUGUCCUGAAAAUUCACCUGAAAGCUACGGACUCCGUACAGAAGAGACGAACAAAAAGUUUGCGCAGAGGAAGAGGAAGAAGAGGACUGCGUGUGUGUGUGUGUGUGUCACGGACUGAUUUUAUUCCUCUGUGCUGAGUGUGUGUGAGAUGCCGGGCGAUGUCCCGCCGCAAGCAGGGCAACCCGCAGCACCUGUCCGUGAGCCAGAGGGAAAGCGUGCAGCCCGAGGCCAACCAUGAAAUGGGGGUUGAGCCUCGUUCACCAGGGGUGUGUCCACCCAGUCCAAUGGGCAACGCUGGAGAGAGAGACCUGCUGACCUGUGGCCAGUGUCAGACCAACUUCCCUCUGGGAGACAUCUUGGCCUUCAUCGAGCACAAGCGGAGGCUGUGCCGCGGGGCCGGAGCCUGCUACGAGAAACCAGGCGAAGGCGGUGCCACGUCAUCAUCACCGCGUGCUCUGCGAGUAGAACUCGCCAGGAGACCCUGCCCCGUGGAGAUCGGCAUCCAAGUUACACCGGGCGAGGAAGAGGAGGAAGAAAAGCGUCUAACGCCCGCAAGAGGAAUCUGCCCCAAGCAAGAGAGUGUACCGACAGGGAAAGAUGAGCCCUCUAGCUACAUCUGCACCACAUGCAAGCAGACCUUCACCAGCGCCUGGUUCCUGCUGCAGCAUGCUCAGAACACGCACGGCAUCCGUAUCUACCUGGACAACCACCCUUCCAGCUGCUCCCUUACACCCCGUAUGGCUUUGCCCCCUCCUCUGGGAGCAGAUGCCCUGCCUCGAUCACCCCUUGCCAGUUUCCUGGGAGACAACAGCAACCCAUUCCACUUGCUCCGCAUGGCAGCACCUCUUCUGCGAGAGCCUCAGCCUGCUGCAUACAUGGAGACCCGCUUGCCAUCUACACCACCAUUUGUAAGUCCACCUCCACCGCCCCGUCAUCCCCUUGACCGUCUGGGCCCAGAGGAGAUGGGGAUUCUCACCCAGCAUCCCAGUGCCUUUGAGCGGGUGAUGCGCCUGGCCCCAAUGCCCAUGGAACCACCAUCCAUGGAUUUCUCCCGCCGCCUCCGUGAGCUGGCCAGUAACAACAACAAUAACGGUGGGCCCACACCUCCUCUUUCACCCAACCGUGUGCCCCCUGUGCAUAGGCUCCUCAGCCCAACGCUCUUUCAGCCUGGUGCCAAGCCAGCACCAUUCCUGGGAACACCAACACAGCCACUUCCGGUUGCUCCCAGGUCUAGCUCUUCACCAACCUUGGGCAAUGCAGGCAAGGUCAAGUCCUGUGAGUUCUGUGGAAAGACCUUUAAAUUUCAGAGCAAUCUGAUAGUACAUCGGCGCAGUCACACUGGUGAGAGGCCUUACAAGUGCCACCUGUGUGAUCAUGCCUGCUCUCAGGCCAGCAAACUGAAACGGCACAUGAAGACCCACUUACAGAAGUCAGGUUCUCUGAGCAGCUCGCCAGAUCGGGGCAGGCGUGACUCAACAGGAGAGGAGCAAAAGAGCGGAGAAGGCAGGGAAAUACUAGACAAUGAUGAUGAAGAUGAGGAAGAUGAGGAGGAGGAUGAGGAAGAGGAGGAGAUAGAAGAGCAACAGAAUGGCAGUAGCAGGCCCGCAUCUAAUCUCAGCAUGGACUCUGAGCUCAGCAGAAACCGAGAGUCCCGGCCUUUGACAGAGAAACCGCGCUCCAUUGACAGUGGGAAGGAAAGCCAAUAUAAUGACAUCGACAAUCACUUGAGAAUGCCUUUGGGUAACAGACCUAGGGACGAGGCAGACACAGAUUCAUCACCCAGAGGAACAGAUGCAGAAGGUCGACCCAUGGUUAACGGCAGGGGCUGUGGACCUGAGGACCCCAUGUCAGGUUUGUUCCAGCAUAAGCCUGCACCUGUCAUUAGCCCAAACCUCUCUGGCUCCUCAGCCAAGAGGAUCAAAGUAGAGAAGGACAUGGAGCUUCCAUCUCUGCCACUCAUUUCUUCUGAAAAUGUGUACUCUCAGCUGUUGGCUGGCUAUGCUGCUUCCCGCCACUACAUCAGGGAGCCCUUUCUGACCUUUGGUGACUCCCGGCAGUCACCAUUUGCCACAUCCUCUGAGCAUUCGUCUUCAGAGACGGGUAGUUUGCGCUUCUCCACACCCCCUGGGGAGCUGCUGGAAGGUGGAGUGUUGUCAGGACGGAGCGGCAGCAGCACACCGCAUCUCCCACUGCGAGGUCCAGGUCCUGGCAGGCCUCCUGGCUCUAAAGAGAGCCGUAGGAGUGACACAUGUGAGUACUGUGGCAAGGUGUUCAAGAACUGCAGCAACCUAACAGUGCAUCGGCGCAGCCACACGGGCGAGAGGCCAUACAAGUGCGACCUGUGCAGCUAUGCCUGUGCACAGAGCAGCAAGCUCACACGCCACAUGAAGACCCAUGGCCAGUUUGGCAAGGAGGUGUAUCGCUGCGACAUCUGCCAUAUGCCCUUCAGCGUCUACAGCACCCUUGAAAAACACAUGAAGAAGUGGCAUGGUGAACACUUGAUGAGCAACAAUGUCAAACUUGAGCAGGCAGAUCGAGCCUAAGUUAUGUGCACUAAAGCACAAACUUCAGACAGUAUGAUGAGUUUAGCUGGAUAAUCUUUUGAAUAAAUCUAAGUAUAGAGUUUUUGGAAUGAUUUGGUGUGUUUUUGUUUUUUUUUUUUUGUUUUGUUUUGUGUUUUUAUUUUUUAUUUCUAGUGCCACCUGAGAAAUAAGAACGUUAGUAAAUGUUUGUGGAUGGAUUUGAAAAAGCCCUGCUGGCAUUCCCAGCAACCACCAGGAAUUUGUCCAUUAAGAAUCCAUGGAGCCUUUCUACUGUGCAAUAAUUUCUGUAUUUAUUGGAUCAUUUCUUGAUGAUACAUGGCAUGUGCAGGUAUAUUAUGGCAUGUGCAGGGGUUUUAAUGCAUUCCUUUGUUAGAAUAUUAUUUUCAGACACCAUUUUAAGAUAUGACACAUACUGAGAUUUCGGCAUUCUGCCACCAUUUUGUUUGAGGAAUUUCCUGAAAGGAAAAGAAGUCAUUUUAACCUGUCCUGCUAAAUUCUGAAGAAGUUGUACUUCUAAAAAUCAGAGAGAGAUUUCCUUGUGUACUACUGCUGUUUGCAGUCACACCAGACGUGGGUGAUAUAUUAAAACAUAAAGCACUGAAUGUCACGUUGACAAUAAAUAUUAAACAAAUUCGAGGGAUAUGGAAUACCAGGGAUGUCUCAGGCAGCUGGAUGACAGUUUGACUGUAUUUUUAAUGAUUCCCUUUUGACCACCAUCCAGCUGAAUAUGUUCUCGAUAUGACUUGUAUGACUUCAGCUGUCAAGCAAAACAAAUUCAUCUCUACCACAAUACACUCAUUUAGACAUUGUGCAUUUAUUGUAUUCUUCAUAAGGCUGGUAAUGUGAUAUAGCCCGUAUUUUUGUGAUCCAGAUGUUUACAUUACCACAAUUUUCUUUAAACAAAAUAUACCACCAGCGUAUAUUUUCUUAACACAUGUUUUAAUGGGUUUGGCCUCAUAGUACAGUAAGCAUUUUAUCCUGAUUGAAGUGAAAUGUUUAAAUGAAAAUUGUGAGAUGUUAUUAACAUACUACAGCCCAAAGUGUUUUUAACAAAACCUCAGCCGGAACCAUUCAUUUACCUGGUCUUGCAGUAUUAUAGAUGUAUUAUUUCCGAAAAUUGUUAUCAGAAUUGGUUUGUUAUGGUAACAUGCAAUGUCCUAAGUGGCUGCUUCAUCCCCAGAGCAUUGUGGAAUGAACCAAUGUGCUCAUUUUAGACGUUGGAGGCCUCCCUGCCUUCUACUUUUCACACUUCAACAAUUCAGAGGGCUGCUGUGGCUUUAACAAAUAACCAUUCUCUCCUCAAAUCUUAAAAAUCUCAGCCUGCUGCUUUUUCUUUUCUUUUCUAAGACUGUAGGCAUUUUAUUUUCAGUACUGUUUUCAUUCCGAAAUUAAGCUUAAUAAUCAGCACUUAAUAAAAUGCUGGGUGUUAUUUUGGUAUCUCAUACAGACGUGGAAAGAUACCAUAAGGAAAAAUUCCUACAUUUCUUACAUGAUCUUUAAUCCUAGCUUAUCAAGUUCUGGAUAAAUCCUUUGGGUAGCAUAAAUAAAUACAAGGUAGCUUAAAUGGCAGAGAGAUUUAAAAUGUAAACCAGAGAAAGUUUUAUUCAAGAUACUCGGAGACAAACUAACCCCGGAUACACACGCUUGUAUAUUACUGCCGUUCAAGCCAACAAGCACGCAAACGAUUAUGCAGUGUGUACGCUUGUAAAAAGGAAUUUCAUUCCAACGACAAAGAAGAGGUUAAAUAUUUAUGCAUUUGACGUGCGUACGUGUACUACCUUUCAGAAUCGAAUUCAACGCACAAGUUUGUCCGAGACGACCAAGCCAUCUAGUUCUUCACUGAUACUUACAGCUGGAUCUUCACCAGCUUGGAAGAAAAUCGAGAGAGAAAAAAAGAGAAAAAAUGACACUCUGUCUUUAAAAUAAUGUUUACAGUGUUGAAGUACAAGGAUAACAAAUUCCUGUGUAAAUGUGUUUUAAAAGAGAAUAAUCUCAUGUUUUUUCUACCAUUUUUUUGAAUGCCAUGGCAGGGUUGGUUGUUUGUUUGUUUGUUUAAUAUAUUAUUUCGUUUUUGGUGCAGGGUUUCUUCCCCUUCCCCCAUAAAUUUCAAUGGAUAUAUUCGUAUAUGUUUCGUUCACUGUUAAAAAUACAAAGUGUAUUUGUAUACCAGUGGCAUUUUAUGAAACGAUGCAAAAAAAAAAAAUCUUUAUAUUUUGCAGUCCAUUAUAAAAUUGUGAGUCUAUCCAAAUGUUUUUUUUUUUUUUUUUCGUCUCUAUACCUGUUCAUAAUUUUGGUAAAUCCAUCCUUGUGAGGAUGUAAAAAAAGAAAAUAAA